UACCGCAUAACCUCAUUUCGGGGGAGUUUUCCGGAAUUUCCACGUCCCCGACAUUUCGGGCACCUAAACUUCCUCACCCCUAAUUCUUAUACCAGAGUUUUAUGUCGGUUUUUCCGCCACAUGUAACGCAUGCACGGUGCCAAUCUUUUUUUAGCAUCUUGUACCCUUACCUACGCACUUUCUGUCCUAAUCACGUGCCUUAAUCCUGAAACCGUUACGUUAGCUUAUCUCGGUCAUUAACCUAUCGCUUUCUGUCUUUCACAGAGUCGUGUAGAAUCGAACUUGAAUGGCAGCAAUUUUUUGGCCCUUCCUCCGUAGCGAAUGACUCUUCCUCCGUCUAAAGUUAAGUAUUAAUUUCGCGUUUAAGUGGAGUUUACAGCUAUUCUUAUUUGCCCUCCUGUGUUCGCCCUGCUGAUGUUUGACAGGGUCUUCAUAAUGACAAAAGACAAGCAAAUUGACAAGGAAGUCAAUGUAUCUUGAAACUUAGUCCGAUGCAUAGACUCAUAUCGUUAGGCUGUCACAACAUAGGAUGAAAAGGAUUGGGUCACAGUCCAUAGAUUCCAGGAACUAAGGGUCCAUGAUUUAUCAGCAGACCUCUUCUUCUGAAUAUGCUUCGUUCAUCACUCGAAAAUGUUUCUGUUGGCUGGGAUCAAGUGAAUUGCUGCAAACAAGAAGAAUUUUUCAAUGCUCUACAAGCUUGAAGUAGGACUCAAAUGCAUUGGCGUCCUCCUGAUCAGUUGUAAUGUUUUAUAUUCCUACUCUAAUCAAUGGUGUAAGCUUGAUCAAUAGAUUUUCAGGAAAAACAUACCAUGGAAGGUGAUGCUAAGCUCCCUAUUUCUGUAGUUAGAAAAACUUCCUUGAAAUCUGCUGAAUUGCUCGGUGAUAAGAACUUAACUCCUAUUUCAAGUCAAGAAAAACAAACAGCUCUUCAUCAUGCAGCUCAGGUUGGAGAUGAAAAGCUUGUGCGCAUCUUACUGGAAAAAGGAGUCAGUUGUUCCCCGAGAGAUAAUGAUGGCUUUACUCCUUUGUUAAUUGCUUGUGAAAGAGGAUUUCUAGAUGUUGUGAGGCUUUUACUAAAUCCUCACAUACCUGGUUUUAAGGAUCAACCACUCCCCGUUGCUUUGAUCAGAGCUUUAUCUCUUGGCCACGAGGAAAUUGUCCUGGCUUUGUUAGAUGCAGGAGCCAGCCCAAAUACUGUACUAGAGCCCGAUUUGACUCUUCCCUCUCGAUCGAGUCACCGUCAUACCGAAUUUGGCUUAUCUCCAUUAUUUCUGGCUUGUGAAGAAGGUCACCUAAGAAUUGUGACCCAUCUCCUCAAGCGAGGAGCACAGAUCAACUGGAGAAGGCCGAUUGAUAACUAUUCUGCACUUCACAUUGCAUGUCAAAAAGGUCACACGGAAAUAGUCAGUGUGCUACUUAAUAAUGGUGCUUUAGUCAAUGUAAAAGGCAACAAUGGUAUAACACCUCUGCAUUUGGCUGCAGUUAAGGGGUUUUUGAAGAUAGUGGAGUUACUCAUCGCAAAAUCCGCUGAUGUAAAUGCACAAGCAUCCAAAGGCUCGACAGCAGUCCUUUUAGCAGUGGAAAAGGAGCAUGAAGGUAUUGUCAAGUUACUUCUAGAUAAUGGUGCUGAUAUCGGUGCUAAAAAUGAAAAUAACGAUAGCCCUUUGUCCUUGGCAAUUGAGAUGCAAAAUUUAUCCCUUGUAAGUCUUCUUCUACAAUACAGUCCUACCUUUGAUGAUAAAAUAUCCGAACUUGUUACUCGCAUGAUUACCACCGAUUUUCUAAAAACAAGCCGUAAAAUAGUUAAUGCUCUGUGUGAGUGUGGUUUCACGCCAAGAAAAGAGGAUGCUAAAAAUGGCAAAAUUCUAUGGGCAGCUGUUAAUAAAGGCCACUAUAAAAUAGUGAAGCAGCUUUUGAACUUUGGAGCAGACUGUAGGCAUAAAGAAUUUGACUCCACUCUUCUACAUAUUGCAGUAGAAAACGGUUACAUUGAAAUAAUUAAACUCCUCCUGAACUUUGGUUGUGUUGUUAAUGCAGAAGAUGGAUUAGGGAACACACCUGUGUUUUAUUCAAUGAGAUGCCGUGACAAAAACAAUUGGCCAAUAAUUAUUCAGCUGCUGUUGGAUAAAGGUGCAAAUCUCAAAAAAGCUCCCAUAUUGCUUCAUGAGGCUGUCUUCAAAGAAUCUCUUAAAACUUGUGAAUUACUCGUAGAAAAUGGAGCAGACAUCAAUGCUAUUGUGGAAGGCUACUCACCUCUUCAGCUGAUCGUAUCGGACUGUGACAGGUUUUUUUACUUUUUCCGGAAACAACGUGACCCCAAGGAUAUUGAUGACUCUGAAAAGAUUCAGAUUCUUAAUUUUUUAGUAGGCAAAGGAGCUGACUUCAAUGUUACAACAAACAGAGGUCUCGCAGUUCUGCAUCUUGCUGCGUUGAAAGGAUGUCAUGAAGCUGUUGAAACUCUGCUCAAUCACGGAGACAAUGUGAAUUCAUGCACAAAUGACAACUCGGUGCCUUUGCAUUUUGCUGCUGAAAAAGGCCAUGUCAGUGUGUUAGAAGCUCUCUUAAGAAAGAAAGCAGAUGUCAAUGCACGACGGGACAAUGGUGACACUCCAUUACAUUGUGCGGCUUUCAAAGGGCAUGUCAGGGCUGUCGAAAUCCUCUUGGAAUUCAAUGCAGAUGUCAACGCUGUGGCACUUGGAGGAACAGCUCUUCACUAUGCUGUACUGAAAAAUUGGAACGAAGUUGCCACCGUUCUACUAAAUAAUGGCAUUGAUGUAAAUAUUUCUAAUCGAGAUGGACGAACAGCUUUUGACCUUGCUGAUAUUCCGUGUUCACCCUCCAGUCUUGGGAUUGAAAAUCCUAUGCUUCCAAGGAAGAGUGAUUGUCAUGUUGACCGUAACCUAAUGAUAGGUCAAGCUCUUGUAAGGCAAGUAAUCAAACUAACAGUUGCAAAGUUGAAUAUGUGCGACAAAAUCUAUCAAAAAUUUCCUGUUGACAGUGGUUGGUUACUUCAAUUCAAAUCAGACUGCGAGGAAGAGUUAAGAAAGAUGAAGCUUGAAUUCAUCGGCAGGAAUCUCAAUCUCCACGAUAUUUUGAUGACAAAUCAGCGCAACCCCCAAUUUGUCAAAAAUGAACUGUUAGUCCAGUCCAUUGAAGCCCUAAGUCAGGAAAAGUUUCCAAUUUAUUACCACUUAAUAAUGAAUGGUUUGAAGAAAAAUAGGAUGAGGGCUGCUCUUGUGAGUCAAGCAGGAAUCUACCUUGGCAUGAUCUUAAAAACCAGCAAUGUGUUCUGUAUCCGUAAAUCUCCCGCACUCCCUGCUGAACUUCUUGUCGAAAUUGCAUCGCAUCUAAGUGAUAAGGACUUAAAGUGUUUAAUUGCAUGUGGUGAAGAGAUGAAAAAACAGUUCCGUAAAUAAUGUUCCUGCCUUCAAGGCUGCUCUUAGCAGAUUUUCCAAUGAUUUUUGGAGAGAGAGAUAUUGACUGAUGUGUACUUUCAGCUGUAUUUGCUGGGUUAAUAAUUUAAUAACCCAUUUCCAAACAGUUACAUUAAAAGUGUAAGAGGAGCAGAGCUUGUGCUUUGAGGUUGUAAUUGUUUGCAUGGUUUUUUUGCUUAAUACCCUGCUAAUUUAACACUGCAAAAGGUAUUAUGAGCAUUUGCUUCUGGAAUUAUACUUAAAUGAUUUAUGUCAAAUAACUUACAUAAUUUGCACAUUUAGACAAUUUGGAGUAUAAAUGUAAGAUAUUAGUUCAACUUUUGUUAUGAGAUUAAGAUAUGCGAUUUCUAGCAAUGUUUGUUGGAAUGGCUCAAGCACAUUGCACACGGCAGAUAUCAGCCUUGAUGAAACUUGGUUAACUUCCUUAGUUUUAAUUAGCCUUCAACUUGUUUCAUUGAUUCAGUCCAUUUCUCAUAGAGACUUGUGCUCAAGAGCUGAUGAGCUGAUCCAAUUUUAAAGAACUGACUUUACAUUUUAAUAUUUUAUAACUUUCAUUUUAAAUUUCUUACUUUUAGACUAAUUAAAUGUCCUUAAAGAUGAAGGUAUCAUUUUUUAAAAGUUUUUUUCACAGUUCUAUGUCAUUUGUUAGUAUCAUUAAUUUUUUUCUUCGGUAAUCAUUCAAAACUUUAAAAGUUUCCAAUAAAAACCGAUUUGUUUGGUCAUGUUUUGCCUCAAUUAAUGUUGGUUAUUCCUUCAAUGCUUAAUCUGAUUGUUCCAACUUAAAAAUUAUAUUUAGCUUUGUUUCUAUAUUUGUUACCAGUUCCCUUCAUUUCCUGUCUUUUUCUUAUCUUUUUUUAUUAAUGUUUUCUAUUUAGUAAAUUUAACCAAAUAA